CAUAUUAGUCGGUUGGUUGAUACAAAAGAGAGGCUAAAGAAAAACGGAAAAAAGAAAAAGAAAAAAGGAAUUAGGUGCAAUGCUAAUUUGGACCUGAAUUGGUACUAGCUAUACAACUCGAAGAUUAAUUGUAGACUCAGGGCAGACCUCGCUAGCUACAUAGGGGCAGCCUUUAACAAUGGCACUCGUCUCUGGCAAUUCUGCUAACAGAGUGUGUUUGCAUGUGUUCAUUCUACUGCUUUUCUUUGUAAAAGCGGCUUUCUCCGGCACACUCGUCACCUCUAUACCAGGCUUCGACGGUGACCUCCCUUUUAAACUCUAUACUGGUUAUGUGACCGUCGGUGAAGCAGAUAUGUUCUACUAUUUUAUCGAGUCCGAGGGAAAACCCAAAUCGGAUCCCCUUUUGCUCUGGUAUAGUGGCGGCCCUGGUUGCUCUGCUUUCAAUGGUCUCAUUUAUCAAAUUGGUCCACUAGCCUUCAACCUGACAGACUAUGAAGGGGGUAUACCAAAAACAUACUAUUACCCAUACUCAUGGACAAGGACUGCCAGCAUUUUAUUUGUAGAUGCACCCGUCGGCACUGGUUUCUCCUAUGCUACAAGUGCGGAUGCAUACGAUGUCUCGGACACAAAAACAGCAGCACAAGUUUAUGAGUUCCUAAAGAAGUGGUUGAGUGAGCACCCACAAUACUUGCUGAAUCAGUUAUUUAUCGGUGCUGAUUCUUAUUCAGGCAUAUCCGGCCCGGUCGUUGUUAAACAUAUCAUUGAUGGUAAUGAUGCUGGGCUCGUGCCACGCCUGAAUCUCAAGGGGUAUAUUCUUGGGUGCCCCAAAACUGAUUCAACUAUUAACGAGAAUUCAAGGCCAAUAUAUUCUCAUCGGAUGGGACUUGUAUCAGAUGAACUCUAUGAGGCAGCAAAAGAAAGUUGUAACGGGACUUAUGUUGAUAUUACUACAUCACAAGCACAAUGCUACGAGGAUCUUGAAUUAAUCCAUCAUUGCAUCAAAGACAUAAAUAAAAACCAUAUUCUGGAGCCUAAGUGCACCUGGGCAUCCCCAAAACCCUAUGGAGAAUCGGUCCGAAGAGCUCUUGAAGAAGAGUCAGACGGCUUGGUCCUGUCAUCCUCAGAUACUGAUCAGGAGUAUUUUUGCCAUACCUUUGGUUAUGCACUGUCUUAUGUUUGGGCCAACGAUCGAAGUGUUAGGAAGGCUCUUAAUAUCCUAGAGGGAUCGGUACAAGACUGGAAGAGAUGCAACGUGACCUUAACCUCAUCUUACACAUAUGACCUCUCCAGCGUGCUUGAGUAUCAUAAAAAUCUCAGCACAAAGGGUCUGCAAGUUCUAAUAUACAAUGGUGAUCAUGACCUGUCAAUCCCAAACAUUGGUACACAAGAGUGGAUUAAGGUGCUCAAUUUAACCAUCGUUAAUGGUUGGCAUUCGUGGUUAGUGGAUGGUCAAGUUGCAGGGUACACAAUUAAGUAUUCGAGUAAUGGGUACCGCUUGACCUAUGCCACCGUGAAGGGAGCGGGUCACUCACCUCAAGAGUACAAGCGUAGAGAAUGUUUUCACAUGUUCGACAGGUUUAUCCAUUAUUUUCCACUCUGAACCACUCCGGCGAUUGGCUUCGAGAUCAAUGGCCUGCAAGCUGCUGAAUUAUUUGUAAUCUAUUGAUGUUAAAUCUGGCAAUAAAGGUUAGAGCCAUGUACCGUGUAUGAUACCUUAAUCUUAUAAUGGAGGCUGAGCUUGAGACGUUCCAGCC